AAUUAUCAAAAUAUAUGAUGGUGUGAAAGGAAAGGAGGACGGGUAUCCCAGUCAUUUGACAACUUCCCGGCGUCAUAAAUACGCCGCCUGCUGCUGGCGGCUGCCGUCCUUCUGCUUCCCCGUCUUCUCGCCAGCUGCCCGCUCCGACAUAAACGAUGCAUUCUUCCUCGUUCUCAAUCCGCCCACCUCCAGAACCUUCCCUUCUCGCAUCCUCGCAACCCCGCAAAAUCCUCAACCCUGACCGUCUCGUUUCUUCUACCUUUGCGCAUUCCUCGUGGUCAAGAACAGUAUGCGUCUCUUCGUCGCCGAGUGGGAUUCCGCAAUUUCAGCUGCGAGGAAGACGCACUGUGAAGUUUCACCCGGUCUCAUCGGCUUCGCGGCUUAGGGCUUCUCCAGAUGGUGCUGAGUUCGGUUCUCCGCCGGAGGGCAGCGAGCUGCUGGCGCCGAGUUUCAGGGAAUUCAUCACGUCGGAGAGAGUGAAAGUGGUAGCAAUGCUUGCUCUGGCGCUGGCGCUCUGUAAUGCCGAUCGCGUGGUGAUGUCAGUGGCAAUUGUGCCGCUUUCAAGGUCUAACGGGUGGAGCCGGUCCUUUUCUGGUAUCGUUCAGUCGUCUUUCCUGUGGGGAUACCUAAUUUCACCGAUACCUGGAGGGACCUUAGUGGAUUACUAUGGCGGAAAGGUAGUUAUGGGGUGGGGUGUAGCUUUGUGGUCGUUGGCUACAUUUCUCACUCCAUGGGCUGCAGAAACUUCUUUAUGGGCCCUGCUAGCUAUGCGUGCUGUGCUUGGCAUUGCAGAAGGUGUAGCCCUUCCUUGCAUGAAUAACAUGGUAGCGAGAUGGUUCCCGCAGACAGAACGAUCCAGGGCUGUUGGAAUUGCUAUGGCUGGAUUCCAGCUUGGCUGUGCCAUUGGGCUCACACUAUCCCCAAUUCUCAUGUCCAAGGGGGGUACAUUUGGGCCAUUUGUGAUAUUUGGACUAUCUGGAUUUCUCUGGGUGCUGGUUUGGUUGGCUGCAAUAUCAAGUUCACCAGACAGAAGUUCCCAGAUUUCAACUCUUGAAUUGGAGUACAUUCAGCAAAGCAAGAUGCAGAAAACCACUCCUGUUAAAGAGAGACCCAAGACUGGCUGGAGGCUACCUCCAUUUGGGCGGUUGCUGUCAAAAAUGCCAACUUGGUCAUUAAUUGUGGCUAAUGCCAUGCACAGCUGGGUAUAUCAUUCAGAUCUUAAACAUGCGGCAUGGUUUAGUGCUGUGCCAUGGUCUGUGAUGGCUUUCAUGGGUUACUUUGGUGGUCUUUGGUCGGACAUGUUAAUUCGGAACGGUGUUACUGUUACUUUGACUCGUAAGAUCAUGCAGUCAAUUGGCUUUAUAGGACCAGCUGCUGCUCUUGUUGGCUUAACAACUGCAAAAAGCCCAUCCAUCGCUUCUGCUUGGCUCACUCUAGCUGUUGCACUGAAAUCUUUCAGCCACUCUGGCUUUCUUGUGAAUCUUCAGGAAAUUGCACCACGCUACUCCGGCGUCUUACAUGGUAUCUACGGGCUCUAUUUCUAG